AGGGAGGGAGGAGCGAGUGGGCAUUGUUGGAGGGGGCAGUACAGGAAGGCCCUUGACGCAGGGCAGCAAAGACAGAGGUACAACGUUGAAGGGAAAGUUCUCCAUCUAGAAACUGCAUCUAAUAGAAUUACUCGGCAUCCUUCGCUUCGAACAUGUUUCGCCUCCAACACGCCGCUCAGCUGGUGGCCCAAGGGAGAAAUCUAGCAACAGCAGCUGCUGGUGGACAUCAUGGUGGCAGGUCUAAUGCAAGGACAUGGAAGAUCCUGUGCUUUGUGGUGGCCUUUCCUGGGUUGGCUGUCUGUUGGCUGAACGCUUGGCUAAAGGGCCGUGAGCCGGGUAGGCAUAAACGACCUGACUUCGCCCCCUAUAGUCACCUGCGCAUUAGAACAAAGCCCUACCCUUGGGGGGAUGGAAACCAUACCCUCUUGCACAAUCCUCGCACCAAUCCACUGCCCACUGGCUAUGAAGUCGAAGACACCCACCACUGAACUACUGUUGUUCUUUUCGCUUCUUUGACAUGGGCAUGGAGAGAGCCACGGGUCCGGAUGCAAGUUUAUCCCUACUUUCAGACCAUUUCUCCUGUCCAGAGACAACAAAAAUAAAUUUCAUGGGAAAGAGCA